UCCCCCUGUAGCAGCACGGUGAUUGCAGUGAGCCUCCCAUGUUUUAUUUUCUGUUUAAUUACCGUCGUCACGAGGGCUGUGAUAAGUAGGUAUUGCUUAUGAAUAACUUAUCCGCUGUAAGGCGCUGAAGAACAAACUGUUUGUUAUGUUUGCACUAACAGGUUUGCGUUAACCGGUAGAGAAAGCUAACUGCUAACAGCUAGCAUAGCUAUCUUGCUAGUUCGCCGGUACAGGCGGUCCUCUUUGUCUGACAGGGGAAGGCGUGCUCUUUUGUUAAGCUUUCCCUUUGUCCCUUCGGGAAAGAGGAACUGUUGGGUUGGGAUUUCACAAUUAUCCACAGUUCUGAAAGUAUUUAGAAAAUGCAGAUCGCCAAAAAAUACUUUUCAGAAAGCCUGAUUCAGUUAACCAUCUUGCUCAGUUUGAUUGGAGUUCGUGUGGAUAUCGACAGCUACUUGAGCGGCUAUUAUACGCCUUUGACAGAGAUUAACUUGGGUCCUAGCUCAGCCUACAUCCAGACACCGUUUCAUAUUUUGAGAGACACUCUUGAUGGAUAUGGUGUACACCCAAAAUGUCCCGAGUUGGACUAUUUUUUUGCAAGUCGCCGGCUGCUGGACGAGGUGAGGACCCUCGGUUCCCCGCGGUUCCACACACAGUUGAACGCAUGGCUGGUGCACGAAGUGCCUGCAACUGACAAGGCUGACUGUGGGCCUUCAACCAGCAACAACACUGAAUCUAGCUCGGGGUUAGAAAGCCCUGGCGAAGAACCCAGGGAUGUCAGUGAACAACUGCCAGUCAGUGGCCCAGCAGUAUACCAGACAAACAUUGAACUCGGACAAGGGCCUUGUGGCGCUGGAGCCUGCGGGUUUCUUAAAGAGGAGGAAGAUGUUAAAGUUAAAGAAGAGGAGGAACCUGCUCCAGUCUCUCAGCUGGCUCACAGUUCCACACUGGAACAAGAGAGCCUGCUGGAAGGCAUCACUGCACUGUCCAGUCCAACACGCCAUCCCUCUGCUACCCUUGAUAUUGACCAGCACUGGAACAAUUUACUUUCUGUUGCAGACCUUGAUGACUUGGACCCCCUUGUCACUGAGCGUCUGUCAGAUCUCGACACUGACAUCACCAGCGCCAUCAGCCGGAAUGUCAGUCUGCAUGAUGCUAUGCUAACCAGUCCUGGAGUGUUUGGGUUGGCAUCUGAUAGAACUGAGCCCAGGACCACGACCCAACAACAAAGGGGUUUCUUUCGAAUGGAAUCCACAGGCUCUUUAAACUCAGAUGCUUCACCUGGGAUGGCUCUAGGUCUUGCUGCACUCCCCUUUGCCUCAGUAUGUAACAUAACUGGAAAUGUGUCAUCAAAUAGUGCACUGGGUGGCUGCCUAGAUGAGGCAGUGUUUGACCAGAUCAAUCAGCUUGGUUUGGAAGGUCUGGACUCAAUUGACAGCAGCCUGAUGGACUGUUUGGACAGCAUAGACCCACGGGUCCUUGAGGACUUGGAAUCAGACUCUGGUCUCUCCUUGGAGAGCAGCUCUGGAGGUCCAGUCUCUCCAGGCUCAUCUGAGAUGUCAUCCUCAUCCAGUUCAUACUGUGAGGAUGAGUGUGGAGCUACAGGCUACAGCAGUGAGGCAGACUCAAUCCCCUCUAAAGGCAUUGUUGACUACACCACAACAUGGCCACCUGUUGAGAGUGUGUGGCACGAUCACAGCUACUCAUCUGCCAAUUUCUUUAACCAGCCGUCAGUAACGCUGCCUCGCAAAAACAUCAAGGAGGAGCCUCUCAGCGAUGACGAUGGAUUCCGGCUGGAAGAAGGGGAGCUGAGUCGUGAUGAGCUGCGCGCCCGUGCUAUGUGCCUGCCAUUCUCUGUCCUGCAGAUAGUUAACAUGCCUGUUGAAGAGUUCCUGGAAGUUCUUGAUGGUCAUGGCUUUUCCCCUGAACAGGUGACCCUCCUGAGGGACAUCCGCAGGCGUGGUAAGAAUAAGCUGGCAGCCCAAAACUGCCGCAAGCGCAAAUUAGAUGCCAUCACUGGGCUCCAGGAGGAGGUGGAAAGGUUGCAAGUUCAGAGAGACAAACUGCUGAGGGAGAAGCACCUUACAGCAAAAACAAUGGGUGCGGUGGGCCAUCAGAUAAGGCAGCUGACCAGAGACAUCCUGUCCCGGCUGAGGGAUGAAUCAGGAACACCACUGAACCCAGACAGAUUCACCCUGCAGUGCGGGGCUAACGGUAGGGUUGUAGUUCAGCCUGUAAGACGACCUGCUGUCUCCACAUCUGGCAACAAAACAGACAAGAGAAAGAAGGAAAAAAAGCAAUAAUGCAGCAUUUCCUGCUGAGACUUGACCUUUUUGGUUUUGGGAUAUUGCGGAACCUAAUUGCCUGACUCUGGUUUUAGGGACUCCUCUUUUGCAAAAGUGUGUGUUGAUUCACCACUGUUGAGAACCUAAAUGCAAAAAGAAAAGACACUCAAAAAAUAAGUAAAUGAAAAAAAAUGUAAAUACGUUAUUUGAUGGGAAAAAUGUAGAUCACACACUGGACAUUCUCUUCUUGUUAAAGGUGGAUGUGGCCGAUGGGGUAGUUUAAGGGAACAGCUAAGCUGUUGGUAAUGCCAGCAGUCUCUUUGUGCCUGUUAACAUUAAAGUCAUAGUCUUUCUCAUUUUUACAGAAAAUUGUAGGCAAUCACGCAUGUCUAAAAGUCAACUUGGCCAGGAUUGUGAUAUUUACAGACAGGAUAGAGAUCUAAGAGGAGUAUUUACCUGUAAUCUUGCCUUUAGUGUUUUCCUACUCGGUAUAAGAACGAGGUUAAAGGGUUGUAUUUAUUAAACUUUCUUAGGUCCAUGAAAUGCUUAUAGAACUGUUAAGGACAUUUUUUUCCUCCUCUCCCAAAAUGGUAACCUUUGGUCAGAGUGAUAAGAAUAUUGGGUUAUUACAAGUCCAAAGUUUACUGAUUUGUUCCCAGUAUUUGAGGGCAUGCACUGUUUGAGUAAAAAAAAUUAAACUGAUAUAAAAAAAUCAAAUGGAUGUCUUUUGCUUACAUGUCUUGAUGACGUGCAGUAUACCAAUGACUCAAAGGACUUGGCCUUAAUUUGCAUUUGAUGUGUUUUGGUAAAUAUGUAUGUACAUCAUACAUAAGUGCAUAUAUCCAUAACAAAAAAGUUCUUGCAUAAGAAUUCAACUAUAAUUUAACCCCUUUCAUUUGAAGUGUUUUAGAGUUUUUGGCAAGAUUAUUCUACCUCACAGCUUAGUUUUUGUUAAUUUUGGCUACAUAAAAAAAAAAAAAAGCCCCCACCCCGCUUUUUUUCUUUAAUUUUUUGUCUUUUGAAGUGCACUCAAUAACAACGAUUCCAUUAUAAAUGUGACCGUAAUCACACAUAAAAGAUUCAGUUUCUGAAACAGGAAAAAUAGAAUCACCAACUUUAUUUAAAAGGUCUGAAUGCUGUUUGAAUGUCUGUGUGGUUUUUUCUUUUUUAAAUAUUUAUUAUCUGAGAGUAGAAUCAAGUGAUAUUAAAAGUCUGCAUCUUAUUUAUGUGUACACACUUUCAAGUAGUCACCUGAGUAAGUAAACUGAAAAAAGAUGCAUAAAGUAUUUGAAUAGUGAUUAAUCUGAAGCACAAUUUGACUGAACUUCCUUUCUUUACAAGUACUUGUGAGAUUUUUUCUUUUCUUCUUUUUUUUUUUUUUUUUUUUAUAAAUUUGAUUCUCAGGCCCCAGUUUUGUUUUGUUUUUCUGGCUAAAAUUUGAAAUUCUCUAAAGUGCACUUGUUUAAUACAAAUCCUUCAUUAUCAAAGUCACCCCAAUUAAACAAACUGCUAAAAAACCCUAAAUAAUAAAUUAAUGAUUCAUAUUUAAGAAGUUUGAAUGUUGUUUGGAUGCCUCCUUUUUAUAUGUAUAAGAUUUUUUGACAGUUGAAGUAUUAAUAGAGGUCGCCAUCCUGUUCCUGGUUAUGCUGCGCAAUAAAGUCAGCUGAGUGAGUGAAAUUGAGAAAAGUCCAUGAAGUAGUUUAUGCGGUUUUCAGUUUUCCUUUUUUUCUUUGUAUUUUCUUGUUUGGCUUGAACCUUUUCUUUGCUGUUUGUAUGAAUUUUAUUUUCGUAAAUAUUUGCAUUGUUUCUGACGUUAAAUGUGUUUGAUUCCAUUGUGAUUUUUGAAAGUGUGCGUUUGCUUACAGAACUUGAGUUGCUCC